UUUUAUUUCAACUAAUUGCCUCAAAAACUACUGGAUAGCGUUUUAUCCACCUAUAUAUCCAUCAUUAAUCCACUUCCAUGGCGUUAUUAUCGACCCACACAGGUCACCCAGACCCAGAACUAAAGCAGGCUGACCGGAUUUAAGCCGAUUAAGCUGUGGUAUUCCCGGCGAUGUCCGCGUCCUGCCUCGACCUGCGCAGCGCGAUUUCAGCACCACCGCAGCUGGACAGCGACCGUAUGGAACACACGAGCCGCCCGCUGACGCGUGCCGCGCCCGGUGGCCUCGGUAUGGCUCUGGAGGAAGAGCUCGCAAUACUGACCGGCGAACGGGAGGAGGAUGUACAGGUAUCCGUCUCGGAGACACCUGUAAGCGGACAAGACUCUAAUCUACUGUCGCUGUUACGACAGAAAGAGAAAGACCUGGUCAUCGCUGCUAAACUGGGCAAAGCUCUACUUGAAAGAAACCAAGACCUCACAAAGCAAUAUGAAAAAAUGACCAAGGAUUUAAAUGACAAACUUGAGCUCCUGGAGCAGGAGAAACACGAGCUGAGACGUCGUCUGGAGAGACGUGAGGGUGAAUGGGAAGGUCGGGUGGCAGAACUGGAAACGGAUUUACAACACCUGCAGGAGGAGCUUGAGAAACAACAGGUGCAGCUGCGUGAGGCAGACCGCGAUAAGAGCCGCGCCAUCAGCGAGCUGUCCGAACAGAACCAUCGGCUCCUGGAGCAGCUCAACAGGGCUGCUGAAGUGGAGAAGCAGUUAUCAACUCAGGUUCACUCUUUACAAGAAGAUUUCAGAGAAAAAAGCAUCUCUACCAACCAGCACAUGACUCGCCUUGAGACCCUGCAGGCCGAGAUAAAAAUGUUGUCUGAACGUAAGCUGGAAUUGGAGCAGCGGGUGAACGCAAUACUGCAGGAGAACGAACAACUACAACACGCGGCGGAUGAGCUGAGAGAGAGAGCGAUGAUGAUGGAGAGACAGUGUCAUGAGAAAGAUCUACAGCUGCAGCAAAAUCAGUCAGAGCUACAGGAGGUGCGGGCGUCUCACAGACAGCUGAGUGUUCGACUGGAGGAAAUGACGGAGGAACGAAAUCUUCAUGGCUUCACUUCCAACCCACACAGUCUCAUGUGUGAGAUCGAGCAGAGUAUGGAGCAGGAGGAGCUGGAGCAGGAGAGAGAACAGCUUCGAAUACAGCUGUGGGAGGCUUACUGUCAAGUGCGCUCCAUCUGCUCACACCUGAGAGGAAAUGACAUCACAGACUCCGCCUUGUCCACGGACUCAUCUAUGGACGAGUCUUCCGAGACGCUAUCGGCUAAAGACGUCCCCAUAGGUAGUUUACAUGCGAGUCUGCUGGAGCUGCGCAGACUUACACAAAACCUUCUGGACGGCAACGAGUCGACGGGUUCUCGCCGCAGUGAUGAGGAGGUUCUGGAGGAGCAGGUUCGUAAACUCGGAGAAGAACUUCGAGAACUCCGAGAACUGUAUGAAGAACAGCAGGAGAAAACACGCAGCAGUCAGGAGGAGAUAGUGGAGCUUCAUAAUCAGGUGGCGCUGCUCUCUGUGGAGGUUUCUUCUUCAAGAGACGAGAAUGAGAGGUUGAAACUGAUGGCAGAGGUUCAUGAACCCAAUGAACAGUUACAAAGCGCCAUUCGAGACAGAGAUGAAGCCAUCUCUAAGAAGAAAGCGGUUGAAAUGGAGCUGGCGAAGUGUAAGAUAGACAUCAUGUCACUGAACAGUCAGCUGCUGGAUGCCAUACAGCAGAAAGUCAACCUGUCUCAGCAGUUAGAAGCCUGGCAGGAUGAUAUGCACAGAGUUAUCGAUCAACAGCUGAUGGAUAAACAUCAGGAGGAGUGGAGACGUUCUCCAUUUUCCUUCAAUGGAUCAGAAGGAGCAGGAGCUUCCAGAAGAUCCCAUCGCCUCUCGGAUGGAGACAAGCGCCUCUUUUCAUUCUUCAAAAAGAACUGAGAGAUGGAAAGAAAAGACUAAAUCACUAUAAUCGGUCUUUCGACGGCUCUGAGCCAUUUUGCACUUUAUCUGUACUCACGAUCCUCAGUCAGAAAGUUUUAGGAGAUGCAAAGUCCGGCAUGUCGAGGUCUGGCUGUAAUCCUUCAGUCUGAUAGGGUAAAGCUCUCAGUUUAACAGGGUUUCCUAUCAGAGAUCUGUUUUCCCUGCGAGUGCCUCAGAAAGCAUCGCCUCACCUCACUGCCAGAGAUUCAACAUAGAGGCACAUACAUAAAAAAAACACUGGAUUCACUAGAGACUAAACUCAGGCUGAACUAGACGACUAAAGGGUUUAGAAGAAAGAUUUUAAGAAAGGUCCAAAUGGAAUCUGUGGAUGUCCACGCUGAAUAUGGUGAAAUGAAUGUAAACAUGGUAAAAUGCUGAGUUUUAUAUUCGUAUUGAUAGCAUUAAAGGCACAAUAUGUAGGAUUUUCACCACUAGAGGUCGAUGUUUCGCAAUAACGCCUUGGUGACGCCUAAUGACGUUAUAAAGGAGACGUAUGGAAUUUGCUAAUCAUGUUCAUGGAUGAGGUAAUGAAUGUUUUUAUUUUAUUUGCUGUACGAUUGAUCACAUUAUUUUAAGCCAUUGUAAUAAAUUAUCUGCAAGGCACAACCAACCCAUUCUCAUGACGCGCGUAUAAAUAGCACACCGUGUGAAAUGUCGUGAAUACGUACACCGAACUCCAAUUUUGCGUGCAUAUGAUAUGCCAGUCCUUCACGUUCACUUAAUUCAACGUGUCUUUUCGUGUCGUUUUAUUUAUUGUUUUUUCUUUUUUUACUAUUGUCGCUUGGGGUUGGAACAACUUUCUGUUACAUAAAAACCCAAACCUUAAUUCUAACCCCAACUCUAAGCGACCAUGGUUUAAAAAUAGACAAAAACAUGGAGAAACCUAUAUAUUAAAUUGUAUCCUAACCCAAAUCUCAAAUCUAACCCCAAAAGCGAUUUUUGGAUUAAAACUAGAAAAGAAAUUGAGAAACCAAUACAUUAAACGACACGAAAAGAUGCGUCAUAUUAAGUGAACGGGAAGGACUGGCGUAUCAUAUACAUGCAAAAAAGAGUUUGGCAUAUGUAUUGCAUGACUUUUCACAUGGCGUGCUUUUUAUACACGCGUCAUAAGAAUGGGUAGCAGCUGCGUGUUAUGCUGCGUUCACACCAAACGCGAAUAGAGCGUCAAAUUUGCGUCUACCGCGUCUAGUUUGCCGCUUGAACAUUUUGAGUUUACUCGCUUCCUUCGCGCGUGAAAUUCUAGUCAUUUGAAACAUUCAUGCAGAAAUUCACGUCUUGGGAGGGGCUUCUACGACUCCGCUCGCUUUCUGUAAUCACGUCACUACUAGAGCAAGCUCCUGAUUGGUUAACGCGGCAAAAAAGUUCUGAUUUUUCAAUUCGCGUCAUUCGCCCGAACUAGACGCACGAAUGAGGCAAACCGCGCCAAACGCCUCAUUUGCGCCACGAGACCUCCAGUCCCGCGUAAACACAUCUUUACAUUGACUUUUACAUUAAAAUCAUUCACGCCAAUCACUCCAUUCGCGUUUGGUGUGAACGCAGCAUUAGAUGCUGUAUAACCGCCACUUCCACAUUUGUCCACUUGUGUUGCUAUAGUUUCUACAACCGAAAAACUGAGAAUAGUGCGGAUAUUAAGUCACUAAAAGAGCGACAAUUACAAAGGAGAGAAGGGACGAGCCGUUAUUUAAAAUAGGAAAUUCUCUGGAUUUACCAAUCCUUGGGAACUUUUGGGAUAAUAUACGUACACAACUCCAUGAAACAUAUCAAACUCUGAAAGUGGUUUUUGGAUAUUUUAUUACAAAAUUGUACAUAUUGUGGCUUUAAAAUUAGAGAUGCACUGAUAUAUAUAAGGAUUUCAGAUUUGAAAUAAGAAAUUAAAAGCAAAACAAGCGGUAUCAAUGUCAAGUUAUAGAAAAUCAGUAUCCGCACAGAAAUUGUGUAUCGGUGCAUCCCUAAAAUCUUUUAAAUAAAACCCCACAUUGGUGGGCGAUGGUGGGCACAGAUUUCAUGUGGGCCUGUUAGUAGAUGAUAGGAAAAGUCAGAAACCAGCUAAUAAAAAUUCUGCUCUUCUGUUCAUUCACAACUUCAGUUCUGUACAUCAGGACAUAAACCGUCAUACUCCUUUUACUAACUACAAAUUAACUAUUCAAGAAAAAACUUCUGCACCUGGUUAUAAAAGAAUCACAUUUCUGUCAAAGUUACUUUUUUUGUCAUUUUGUAGCACUCAACAUAUUGUAAGAGUAAAAAUCAGAGAUUUGCUUUGCGUUUCAUCAGCAGCUGUUUUCAGAGAUUCAUUUGAAGUAUAUUUUUGUAACUAACAGUAUUACGUCCAUUUUCUCUCUGAAACGCUGAAUGUUCGGCUGCUUUAAAGACACAAGACUUCCGUCCUGAUGUGUCCGUCUGUGAGGUGAAUAAACCAAAGAGCAGAAGUGCUUCAUGUUGUGGCUUAAGAGAUUAAUGUCUACACACACACACACAGACUGAAAGCAUAGAGAAACUCGACUUAAUUACAGGCCUGACUCUAAACCAUCAGACAUGAUCAGCGAUUGGCAAUGUUGGGAACAGAUACUAGCAUACUGCACAGUAUUUUGAUAGUGAAAUGGCAUGCUGAUAUAACAGCAUAGACAGAAAAGUACAUCAUUUUAGGGUACACCACCUCCUGACCCUGUAUGGAGACUCCAGUGUCCUCUUCAUGAGCUACAGUCUCUCAGAUGUUUUGUAUGUGUGUGUGUGUGUGUGUGUGUGUGUGUGUGUGUGUCAUUGGGUUCAGUGAAAGCUGGGUAGAUUUUGAGAAAAGCUAUGCAUCUGUCUUCUUUCUCACGAUGUGAUUUUUGGUUCGGAGAAAGCCAAAGAGUGAUUUUUAUACGUACAAAGACACAAAUAGGUUUGGAAUAAAAAGAAUCAAUAUAUUUGUAAAUGUAUAAUUUUGACAACAGUUUUUUUUUAGAGAAGUCUUCAUGUAUGCAUCUGUAUGUCGGUGUAGUCUGAUCUGUAUGCAUUUCUAAUGAUUUGGAGUUGCUUUCUGUUCUGCUGUCUGAUGAUAUCUGAAUGUAACAGGAUCAGAUUAAAUAACAGGUUAUUUAGGCUGAAUAGAGUAAAACAUUCCUUGCUUUAGUUAAACUAAAACUUUGCCAUAUGAUAACAAAUGAAAGAAAUAUUUUUGCAUUGUGACUUUAUGCAACAUUUUAAGUAUGCACAAACAUGCAUAUUACACUGUAAAAAGUCAAAAUUGGAUUAAUGUAAAAAAAUACUUCAAAUGGUUAGGGUUAGGUUAACAAAAAUAUUUUCAACUUACAUUUUCUCACUUUACGUUGGAAAAAUGUACAUUUUUUUAGUUACUAAUUGUAAAAAAAAAUCGCCUUAAAUGUAUUCCUUAAAGUGAGAAAAUUUAAGUUGGUAAAACAAAAUUUUUUGAAGUGUUACCAAUUUAAGUAUUUUUUAGCUGUCAAAAGAUUAAUCUUAAUUAAUCGCAUACAAAAUAAAAGUUUGUUUUUGCAUAAUAUAUGUUUGUGCACUAAUUAUUUUAUAUAUAUAAACACACAUACAUGUAUACAUUUCUUACAUUUUUACAUGUAUGUGUGUAUUUAUGUAUACAUAAUAAUUACUCACAAUACACACACAAACUUUUAUUUUGUAUGCAAUUAAUCAUGAUUAAUCUUUUGACAGCCCUAAUAUUUGUAAGUAGAUCAACUUUCACUUUUUACAGCGUGUAAACUGUAAAAAAGCAGCAUUUUUGUUAAAUCAAUAUAUAUUUUUAUUUCAGUUUAAGUUAAACAGUUUAAACUUGUCCGAGCAUAAAUGUGUUUAAAUCGAGCCAAAAGUAUUAUUUCGUCCUGUAGUACCUCCCCUUACAGUACGUCUGACCAAUCACAUCUGUUGUUGUAUUUCUGAAAUCUAAAUAAGAUUUGUGAAUGAGGACAGACAGAUUCAGACAGCAGCUUCAAUCUUCAUGUUCAGAGUAUUAAAUGUGUCUUUUCUGUUAAACACGUUUUCUCUGUUGUCUCUUCAGAUUCUUUUCUUGUAUAUUACAAACUGUUGUGUAAACGUCUUAUGUUACAUUGACUUUGUACUUUCUGUCAUUUUCCCAUUUAAAAGCAGUUUUUGCAAUUUUUUCCA